AUGGGAGUUCGAGGAGCAUUCCACCUUCUACUCGUGUGCCUGAGCCCAGCACUGCUGUCUGCUGUGAGGAUCAACGGGGAUGGCCAGGAGGUCUUGUACCUGGCAGAAGGUGACAAUGUGAGGCUGGGCUGCCCCUACAUCCUGGAUCCUGAGGAUUACGGCCCCAAUGGGCUAGACAUUGAGUGGAUGCAGGUCAAUUCAGACCCGUCACAUCGAGAGAACGUAUUCCUUAGUUACCAGGACAAGAGAAUCAAUCAUGGCAACCUUCCCCAUCUGCAGCAGAGGGUCCGUUUUGCAGCCUCAGACCCCAGCCAGUACGAUGCUUCCAUCAACCUCAUGAACCUGCAGGUAUCCGACACAGCCACCUAUGAGUGCCGGGUGAAGAAGACCACCAUGGCCACCCGGAAGGUCAUUGUCACUGUACAAGCACGUCCUGCGGUACCCAUGUGCUGGACUGAAGGCCACAUGGCAAAGGGCAACGAUGUGGUACUUAAGUGCUUUGCCAAUGGGGGUUCCCAGCCCCUCUCCUACAAGUGGGCCAAGAUCAGUGGGCACAGUCACCCCUACCGAGCUGGAUCUUACCAUUCCCAGCACAGCUUCCACUCUGAGCUCUCCUACCAGGAAUCUUUCCACAGCUCCAUCAACCAAGGCUUUAAUGGGGACCUGGUGUUGAAGGAUAUCUCUGCAGAGGACAAUGGGCUGUACCAGUGCACAGUGGCCAACCACGUGGGCUACAGUGUUUGUGUGGUGGAGGUGAAGGUGUCAGACUCGCAGCGUGUGGGCAUGAUCGUCGGCUCCGUGCUGGGCUCCUUGCUCAUGCUGGCGUGCCUGGCGGUGGGCAUCUGGGGGCUCAUCUGCUGCUGCUGCGGAGGCGGCGGGGCCGGCGGCGCCCGCGGGGCCUUCGGCUACGGCAACGGCGGCGGGGUCGGCGGAGGGCCCUGCGGCGACUUGGCUAGUGAGAUCAGAGUGGACGCCGAGGCGCCGGGGUGCAAGGCCAGCGGGCGCGGCAGCCGCGUCACCCACCUCCUGGGGUACCCGACGCAGAACGUCAGCCGUUCCCUGCGCCGCAAGUACGCGCCUCCGCCCUGCGGGGGCCCCGAGGACGUGGCCCUGGUGCCCCGCACCGCCGCCGCCGCCCCCGCCUGCGAAGCGGGCCCCUCCCCGGUCUACGUCAAGGUCAAGAGCGCCGAGCCGGCGGACUGCGCCGAGGGGCCGCAGCAGGUCAAGGACGGGCUUUUGGUGUGA